CGUUGUGUGUCAGACCGGAGCACGUGACUCCUCCUUAGGGAGAGAAGCGCCGGGCGGGUAGUCCUCCCGCAUCCAUCCCGCACGGCAGCGCAGAUGAAACACCGGUCACCUUCAGAGCAGCCUCCCGGGAAAAGGCCCCGUGAUCCCGGUGCGGCCGCCUCCAGCUCCCCGGCCGACGGAAUGGAGGACAAAGCGCCGUCAAAUCCGCGGGAACUCACGCAGAACCCGCUGAAGAAGAUCUGGAUGCCGUAUAAAAAUGGCCUUCCAGAAAAACACAUUUCUCAGAGGAAGGUAUGCAUGACAAACUGUCCCACCCUGAUUGUGACAGUGGGCCUUCCUGCCAGGGGGAAGACCUACAUCUCCAAGAAACUGACCCGCUAUCUGAACUGGAUCGGGGUUCCCACCAGAGAGUUCAAUGUCGGCCAGUACAGGAGAGACUUUGUGAAGAUCUACAAAUCCUUCGAGUUCUUCCGUCCUGACAAUGAGGAGGGGUUAAAGAUCAGGCGACAAUGUGCCUCAGCAGCGUUGAAUGAUGUGCGACAGUACCUCACAGAAGAAGGAGGCCAAGUUGCAGUGUUUGAUGCAACAAACACCACCAGAGAAAGAAGAGAGACCAUCAUCCAGUUUGCGGAGCAGAAUGGAUUUAAGGUGUUCUUCGUGGAGUCUGUGUGUGAAGACCCAGAUGUCAUACAGGAGAACAUUGUGCAAGUGAAGCUGGAAAGCCCCGACUACACCAACUGCAACACAGAGGAGGCUGUGGAGGAUUUCAUGAAGAGGAUCAAGUGUUAUGAAAACUCCUACGAGACACUGGAUGAAGUUCUGGACAGGGAUCUCUCCUACAUUAAAAUCAUGGAUGUGGGUCAGCGCUAUCUAGUGAACCGGGUGUUGGACCACAUCCAGAGCCGGAUUGUCUACUACCUCAUGAACAUCCAUAUCACGCCGCGCUCCAUCUACCUGUGCCGCCACGGCGAGAGCGAGCUCAAUGUCAAGGGACGCAUCGGAGGAGACUCGGGCCUCACUACUGGAGGCAAGGAGUUUGCUAAGAAGCUGAACCAGUUCAUCCAGGCGCAGGGCAUCAGUGACCUGAAGGUGUGGACCAGUCAGAUGAAGAGAACCAUCCAGACAGCAGAGGCUCUCUGUGUGCCAUAUGAACAGUGGAAAGUCCUGAACGAAAUUGACGCAGGAGUGUGUGAGGAGAUGAUGUAUGAGGAGAUCCAGGGGAACUAUCCUCUGGAGUUUGCCCUGAGGGACCAGGACAAAUAUCGCUAUCGGUACCCGAAAGGAGAGUCCUAUGAAGACCUGGUGCAGCGGUUGGAGCCGGUCAUCAUGGAGCUGGAGAGGCAGGAGAACGUUCUGGUCGUCUGUCACCAGGCCGUCAUGCGUUGCUUAUUGGCCUAUUUCCUGGACAAAACUGCAGAGGAACUGCCGUACCUGAAGUGCCCAUUGCACACAGUGCUGAAGUUAACACCGGUGGCCUACGGCUGUAAAGUGGAGUCCAUCAGCCUAAACGUGGAUGCGGUCAACACACACAGAGAGAGACCAGAGAAUGUGAACCUCCAUCGCACGGCUGAGGACGCCCUGCAGACCGUCCCUCCUCACGUCUGACAUUAAUGGAUGAUGAAGUUUGACUCUUGUGUUUCUUUUGUUCACCUUGCCAAUCUGCACAACCUGUUCACAGUGGUGACUGUCUGGUGAUGGGCCUCCUCCUCCCUCAGAACCUCUGCCACAUGCACACAUGCACUUCUGUGUGAAACCCUCAAGUUUGUCUCUUUUAAUAUUUGAAGGAAGUUGGGAGCAGGAAGAGAGUUUGGGCCUCAGAGUUUAUAUUUGAAAACCACUUGGUGUGGCUCUCAGUGUAACUGGUCCGAGCCACUGUGUUGCACAGAGGGGGGGGGGGUUUGAUUGUUAGGAUACUCAGUGUGUUCUCAUUGUGUUGAUGGUGAAGUUCACUGCAGUAUAUAUUUUGAAGUAUUAACCACGUGGUGUCAUUGAGUGAUGGUGUAGCUCCCUGCUAUAUGUUUGACGUGUUGCUGUGUUGUGCCAUCAUUGUUUCACAUGAAGGUGUCCAGUGAUGAUUCGCAAUAUGAGCCUACUUUGAAAAAACAAUGAGGCUCGCUCAUUUGGACAAUAUGGUGAUGUCAUGGAUGGACUGGGUCAUUAUUUUCUAUGGUGACAACAUUCAAUUUAAAUAUAUAAUAUAAAUGUCUUCAUCCUUAGCUGUGUGGUCUACAGUAGAAGCAGAUGUUAUAUGUAGAUGAUGACUCUACACUCCAGACCUCCAAUGAUGGUACAACUUGCCUCUUUUUGCAUUUCAACACUAAGUAUUGGAAAUGCAAAACUAUAACAUGAGCUCAAAGCUGUUGAUAAUAAAAAAAGUGUUAUUUUUGUACACCAACCUGC